AAAAUCAUAAGUAAUUAAGAGACUAGUAUUGUUGGUGCUUGUGAUUUUUGUAUGGCACUUAUUCUGUGUGGUGUGUGUUCUUUCCUUGUGUUUUCGUUGUAGAAAUUUUGGGACCCUUUCAACGCGCAUGGCAUUGAAAAUAAUUAAUGCAGUAUACUGUAGUGAAAGCCUUGGUCUUUGCUAAGCUAAUGAAGAGAUUUCAAACCUCAUAAAUGUCUUAACCAUUCUAAAUACAAUCAUAAACGAACUUCCUAUAUUUCUGCUUCCACAUUCAAUCAACUCUACAAUCUCAUCAGAUAGAGAAGAAGAAAACCUGAAAAUGGUUGAAGAGAGUUCGUCGGAAAAAACGAACAGCAGCCGUACCAGGCGUGCGACAAACACCACAAUCUCAGCAGCCGGUAACUUGGUAAAGCUUCUCCCGACAGGCACAGUUUUCGUGUUCCAGUUCUUGAACCCCGUCGUCACCAACAGCGGUCAAUGCAACACCAUCAACAAGUGGCUCAGCGCCAUUCUCCUUCUGCUUUGUGGCUUCAGUUGCGCCUUUUCCUCCUUCACUGAUAGCUACACAGGCAGUGAUAAUCAGAGGCACUAUGGCUUCGUAACCCGCAAGGGAAUCUGGCCUUCUCCGGCUUCCGACUCCGUUGAUUUGUCAGGGUACAGACUCGGAGUUUCGGACUUCGUCCAUGCUGGUUUAUCCUUGUUAGUGUUUGCGGUGUUGGGGCUGUUGGACACCAACACCGUGCACUGUUUCUACGGUGGUUUUGAGUCAACUCAGAAGACUCUGCUUCAGGUGCUGCCCACAGUUAUUGGGGUGUUAGCUGGUUGGGUGUUCAUGAUUUUCCCCAAUACUCGCCAUGGAAUUGGGUACCCUUUAACUUCUGAUUCUAACGAAACCACCCCAAAGUCCACUGAUACUAUUACCGACCCUCAGAAAAACCCGACUGACAAUGUUUAGAAUUAAUAAUCCUUCUUUGCCAUGAAAAUAUGGCGCUCGCUGCUGCCGACUACGCACAUUCCUGCAUGCAUGGCUGGAAAUUUUACUGUUCUGGGCUUUUCUGUUGCCUCUGACGAUAAUUUUCUUUUGCUUUUCUGCGACUUGUACUGUGAUGAGUAGUGUUUAAUGGUCGAAACUUGGGUUAGCGUUGUGUAUUUGACCAGAUUGCUUUUCAGCGACUUGGGUGUACUGUGACAUUCUAUUGUGUAUCAUAUACCAUAUUUGUUUCGGAUUUAAGAACAUUUCA